UACCUUAAUAUUAGAGAAAACAGUUACAGUUACCACCUUUUAGAUUUGUACCUUAAUAUAAGAGAGAACUGUCACAGUUACCACUUUUUAGAUUGGUACCUUAAUAUUAGAGAAAACAGUUACAGUUACCACUAUUUAGAUUUGUACCUUAAUAUUAGAGAGAACUGUCACAGUUACCACUUUUUAGAUUUGUACCUUAAUAUUAGAGAGAACUGUUACAGUUACCACCUUUUAGAUUUGUACCUUAAUAUUAGAGAAAACAGUUACAGUUACCACCUUUUAGAUUUGUACCUUAAUAUAAGAGAGAACUGUCACAGUUACCACUUUUUAGAUUGGUACCUUAAUAUUAACAUGAGGAGUCACAGUUACCACUUUUUAGAUUUGUACCUUAAUAUUAGAGAGAACUGUCACAGUUACCACUUUUUAGAUUUGUACCUUAAUAUUAGAGAGAACUGUCACAGUUACCACUUUUUAGAUUCGUACCUUAAUAUUAGAGAGAACUGUCACAGUUACCAAUUUUAG